AAAGCUGUUCGUCUGUCCUCCAUCAGUGAGUGAGUGUGUGUGUCUGUCUGCCGCCGGCUUCACUCGCCGCUGAGCGCCUGAUUAUUUUUACGCCGUCGAGUCUGGCGGUGAAAUCCAGGUCAUCUCCUCCGGAUCACAGCCAGCGCGGCUCAGGCUUCAGCUCUCCGCGGACUCACACUGCCAUUUCCUCAUUCCACUCUGCAGAGCUUGACUUUGACAUCAGCUCUUCUGGAGGACAUGUGAGCUUGCGGUCUGAAGGAUGAGGUGGGGUGCAUUGAUUAGCAUGCUGCUCUGCUGAGAAGAGUUUAUCCACGCAGGACGAGCGGCAGCAGCUACACGUUCCCUUCCUGAAUCGGCUCUCAGACACCUGCUCUUAAUCAAGUACCUGUCUGGAUCUUUCGCUCGCUCGCUCACACUCAGCUAUGGCUGGCUGGCUCUGGCUGGGAGGGUAAUCGGUGCGCUGGUUGCCCUGGCAACCUCACCCUGAUUCCUGCUGAAUAGAGCCCUAGUCUGUCACUGAAGACUUUUUAGCCCCCCUCCACCUUUCUCCUGAGUUUAUUUUGCCCUUUCGUGGAGGUAGAGGGCAGCUGCAGGAGCCAUGGGCUUGUGAGGUGAGAAUGGCAGCACGGCGGCUGUUUGGCCCCCAGGAGCCCUCAGGAGAUCGGAGCCAAUAACGUGGGUCCACACACACGCAUACGGGCUGAGCGGCAGGAGCAGUAUGCAGGAGGCUGACCUACCGGCCACCAAUGCUUUCACAGAGUGCAGAUUCCAGUGCACUAACGGCAGAUGUCUGAACCUGGGCUCGCAGGUCUGUGAUCAGCUCAACCACUGUGGAGACAACAGUGAUGAGGAGCACUGCCCCAUCUCCACCCAGCAUCCUGCAUCUGCCAUCUUCAGCUCUGAACUGGAGUUUGUGCAGAUCGUGAUCAUAAUCGUCGUGAUGACUGUGAUGGUCGUGGUGGUCGUGUGUCUGCUCAACCACUACAAACUCGCCACAUGGUCGUUCCUGAGCCGGGCGAGUCAGGCACAGAGUCAGGAUCUCUCUCUGCAGCCGGAGGGUUCUCUGUGGCCAUCAGAUAAUGGGCUGAGACAAGGAGCAUCUGAGGUGGUGUAUGCUCCUCAGCCAAGGGACCGCUUCACCGCUCCCACUUUCAUGCAGCACAACCGCUUCAGACGUUUCCAGCCUACCUACCCAUACCUGCAGCAAGAGAUCGAUCUGCCGCCCACCAUCUCUCUGUCAGAUGGAGAGGAGCCACCGCCGUACCAGGGCCCCUGCACACUGCAGCUGAGAGACCCCGAACAGCAGCUCGAACUCAACCGAGAGUCGGUACGCGCUCCGCCUAACCGGACCAUCUUCGACAGCGACCUCAUUGACAUGCACAGUUCCGGUGGUGGCGGUGGGCCGCGGCCUCCCAGUAGCAACUCUGGGAUCAGUGCGACCAGCUCCAGUACCCAUGGACGCAUGGAGGGCCCUCCGCCUGCUUACAGUCAAGUAAUUGGGCAGCAGUCGGGCAUCGUACUUUAUCUCCACCAGCACAGCAAUAACCCGCCCAUCCCCGUCACUGUGCAGACUCCGCCCAGGGGGCGGACAGAUUUAAACAGCCCAGAGAGCACAAUAGCGCUGAGUAAAGACCGACAGAGGGAGGAGCUAGUUUGAGGGGGCAGGGCUAGCACACGAUUGGGCAAUGGCAAUCACUCUCCACUCACAAAGGGAAAAGGUUCUCCCUCUUGACUCUCCCUUGCACAACAGUGCUUAAUGCGUCUUUGCGACGAAAGCGAAACCGUGUGUUGUUGUUUUUUUGUUGUUGUUUUUUUUAAAUAACAAUAUGGAGCUGCGCUUACGAAAGAAGAUAUUACAUUUGUUUUCUGUCAGUCCAGCUGCGCUAAAACUGGGCUUUAUGCACUGCCUGGAGUCUCCCACUUUUAUUUCUCUGUAUUACUUCUGUAUAGCCGACAAAUCUAGAGACAGUUAUCCGCGCACAAGAUAGGCUUUUUGUUGUUGUAGUUAUUGUUGGUUUUAUUAUUGUAUUCCUCUCGAAAUCCCCCCUUCUGCCCAAACCACACGUGAAAUACUAGCUGUGUGGAUCAAAAAAUUAUUUUAUUUUUUUUUAAGACCGAGAUCUGUGCAGCAUGAACAAAACAAAUGCGAAAAAGGGUGAAAAUCCAAAUCCUAGUGCCAAGGUUUAUGUGGAAGGUGUCAUGGGGCGUUGACUGUCUUAAAGACUUGUUAUACAUUUAAAUCAAAACCCUUUUCUGAACUUUGCACUAUUGUUGAGGUUAAUCAGAGAAAUUUAGGAAUGAGGUAAUGGGGAGGGGUGUAUGUGUUUACGGUUUGUACUGUCGUUAUAGUUUGGUUCCGGUCAUAUGCUUCAGUUUGAGCUUUCUACAAGAGGGAAGUGAUCUUGUCUGUCUUCAGCACAAGAAAAAUCUCUGAUCCAGCCUAAAAUAACCUUGAUCUAAAAGAGGCACAGAAUACAGAGAGUCGGCUCUACUCUCAUCUAUCCGCACCACUGACACGUUCUGCCAGCUGAUCUGAGGUCAGUUGGCUGGUGGCAUGGUUGGCAUAUUGCCUAAAAAAUACUCACUUCACUAAGAGAACGGAACAGGUUUGACAUGUUUUGAGAUUGCUUUUUUUCUCCAACCUUAUUGUCAUCAUCUGUUUUUAUUAUUAUUUUUAGUAUUAUAUAUUGAUUGCAUAACGUGCAUGUAAAGGAAGACUCGGUUAAAAAAAAUUAAAAGUAUAUAGACCUUAAUAAUGCUUUAAUAAUGUACAUGUCUUAAAAAAUUUCCUUAAAGUCAUUAGUAAGAAACUGUUAUAUUAUUCAAAAUAUUAUACAUAUAUUUGAUUUUUAAUGGAAUUUUGGAAACAUGCAUGAAUUUAAGUUAACCAUUUCAUGCCUUUUGCACUUUUGUUUUUGAGUCAAAAUUUAUAAACCAGAUGAUCCUAUAAAAUAAUCCAGUUCUGGAAUUUUUUUUUUUUUUUUUUUUUUUUUUUGGGAAAUAACCAAAAAAAAUACACCUCCACCUUAUAAUACAACUAAAUAGAUAUUCAUUGGCACAAUCUUCUAAUCAAAAUGCCAGUGUGUUCAAAGGAUAUAAAACCCCUUUUGCAUGUUGUAUAAUCUAGUCCCCUAGGAUUAUUAAUCAGGUUUAAAAUGUGGUGAAGUCAAGGGCUAAUGUGAUGGGCAUUUUUUAACACCUAUUUUUACCCAGCAAUCCUCUGUCCUGUUGCCUUUGCUUUCACUCUGACGCCGGCUCGAGUGAACCCGACCCUGACACCAGCUCCUGCCCAGCACGCACCAGUCCUCAACACUGAACUCUCUUCCUGUCCAUAUGUGUUCCUCUUAUUUGCCACGUAGACAUACAAUCAGGAGAUCCAAGAUCUGUACUCUUCAGAGCGGCUCUCUGCAUUCAGUUUAAGCUUGGGUGUAAUUGAUCACAAUCGUUUAGGCCCAGAUAGAGGAUGUUGCUCUUGAAUCUGGUCCGAAAGAAGCCCAAAGACUCUUACCAGUUAGUGCACACACACAUCCCUUUAAUAAGGAGACUGAAGACUGAGCCCCUGUUUGAGUCACCAUUGAAUCUGUCGAGGACUGAUGGACUUGUGAAAAUAAUUGAUAUACAUAUAUAAGUUUAGAUUUGUUCACUGGGGAUUAUGGUCAAAAAAGUUUUCAAAAGCAACACACUCGCCUUUAUAAGCUACUCUAUUUGUACUCCGAAUGUUAGAGUUCAGCCAAUCAAAAAGUUUGAAUGCUUUUAUUUCAUGUGUGUGUUAUUUGGCUAUUUUCUUUUUUUUCUUUCGCUCAUGGUGGGAUUAUUAUUAUUUUAUUUUUUUUGGACCGAAAUGAUGCCAUCUGGAUCUGUGUGCUUCAUACCAGACUAAACAAACACUCUUCUCUUCUAUAUUUAGAAUAGUAGAACCACAACAACUGGACUAGAUUUGGAAUCAGUUUUAAAUCCUAGCAGUUUCAACCCCUGGCAAACAUUACGGAAUAACCACACUUAGAGGAUUUUAUUUUAUUUUUUUCAAAUAAACAAAACACAAAACUAUUUUUUUUUAUUAAUAGCUGAGCAUUCCGGUUUUGUGAAAUGUAACCUCAAACAAAUCAGAAUGUGGAAUUUAUUUUUAUGUCUACCAUUAAAAAAAAAAAAAAAAAAUCACAAAGUCAGAAUAUUAUAAUAUUCUUAAACAAUAACAUUAAAAGUUGUUUAAUUAUAUAAAAAUAAACAAAUAUUCCAUAAUUUUUGCCAGGGAUUGUAGACUUAAUUUUAGAAUUCUAAAAUCCUAUUACAUUUAGAUUCUGAUUCAGAACAUAAUAAUCCUAGAUUUAAUUAAAAAAAAAAAAAAAAAAAAACAAGAUUGAUAGAUUUUUAUAACUCUAGAUUCCCAUCAAAACGGCUAGAAUUGGAAUUUCAGAAUUCCAGCAGCUCAGCUUGAUGUAGAAUUUGAAUUGGAGUCGCUUGAAUGAUGUCUAGAUGCUCUUUUCUUUCAAGCACAGGCUUUAAAAUCUCACAACUUCAGAAACCCAGGAGAUGAGAUGUUUCUCAGUCUAUAUGUGAAGAUUACCCCGGGCUACAAAGAGCGAGAGCACAAUGUCACCGCAUUCAGAACUGCAUUCUGUUUAAGAGCCCUUUCUCUGUUACCUGUCCAUCUGUUCUCUUCACUGGCUGUCUUCAGUGCUUUCAUUAGUCAGUUUGCUGCUCCCGCUGUUGCUGCUGCUGCUAUGCUGCUUCUGAUCUGCUGCACUUUUUGCUUUGCCUGUCUGUCCUCCAUCCUUGCACCAUCCUGGUAAAUGCUCCCCUCUGUUCUCCACAAUUUGUUUCUGUCUCAAAGGAAGAGCUUUCUGCAGUUUUCUACUGUCCAAGGAGUUUGCAUGUUACGAGCUGAAUCGGUGCCUAUCGAUCGUGUUGUUUUUUUGAGCGACGUAGGAACCCACUUGCACUCUAAAAGCUCCCACCUUAGCUGUGCCUCACUUCCAAUGGUGCUUUCUUCUGUGUAAUGUUUUCUCUCUUUUUUUUAUCGUUUAUUUGUAAGGUGCUGUAAAUAAAGUUAGUCUGUAUGCACAUAUCCUACCCAAUGGGUAGAAAUCACAGAAAAAAAGACAUUGUUAAUAAUGUAACAAUUUAUAGCUGAUAUAAAGAUUUUAACACGGUGGCAAUGGAUUUGUAAAUGCCUACAGUUCAAAUGUGCUUUUUUUUUAUUAUUAUUUUGGCAAACAAUGAAAUUCAUUAUCAGAAAGAUGCUUAAUUAUGAAAGUACUGAACUUGAAAGUACAGAAAGAAUGAAAUGCUGUUCUUGAUUAGGAUGUUGCUUUAAACACUGCCCCAACAACAAAAGGCACAUCUAUACACACACAUGCACGCAUAGGAAUUUAUUCAACUUGUUUUUAAUCAGAAAACUAUAUAAAAGCCUGUUUCCACCACAAGAUUAAUAUGAAAAAUAUGAGGUAAUUGCAAAAAUCACACAAUUCAUUUUUAUUUUUCUUGACAGUGAAAGAAAAAAUGUGAGAUGUGAGCCAAGAAUUUAGAGAUAUAAAAAAAAUGGAAUUCUGAGAAAAAUUUUAAAAGGAUUUACUUUUUCUUUUUUUUCUUUUUUGUCAGAACUGAGGAAAAGUGUCACAAUUAUCUUUUGAAUUUUUUUUAUUCUUUGGUGAGGGAAAAAAAAUAAUUCUAGAUAAUAUCAGACUUCACUGAAAAAAGGACAGAAUUGCAAGAUAUAAACUCUGGAAAAAUGUCUGUGCUCAUCUCUCGUGAUUCUGAAAAAGUCACAAUUAACUUUUAUUUGUAUUGGUUCAAACAGUGGUGGAAACGGGGAUCUGUAGAAAACCAUUUUAACAAACUAGUUAAAGUUUUAAAUUGAAAUGGAAACAUGGAAUAUGUAGUUACCAGUGCCAGACGCCCACUUACAGACACAGACAUUAAGAAAUAUAACAAGUGUUCAUUUGAAUCCCGAAAUGUACUUGACUUUUCAUGCCACCCUGUGUUGUGCUUCCUGUCUUUGCAAGUUUAAUAAUAAACCAAAUGAGAGAUGUAGUUUUAACAUUCUUAUUUUUGUUAUAUACUGUAUUUCAGACAUUCUUGUGUAUGUGGUGUAUAGGAGCAAAAGAUGAUUUUAAAUUGCAGAUAUUUAUGUGCUGGUGCUCCACUGUACAGUAGCUUGUAUUCGCAUGUCUAUAGUUAUAUACCUGAAGAUAAUGUACAUAGCGAUGCCAUUUUGACUACAAGCACCUGCCUAACAGCAGUUGUGACAUUUUGAGCAAUGUACAGAGAUGCUUUUGACGCUUUUCUUUCUUGCACAAGCACAGAGAACUAACAAAACUGAAAAGGUUGAGACUUGUUUUACUCUGAUGCUUAUUAGAAAGCAACACAAUAAUAGACCUUUUACACGGCUCACGUUACUCAGUAUGUUCAUGUGUGUGGACAUUUUCUAUACAUGCACAUGUGCGUAUUUAUUUCAAUCAUUGUGGUGUAAUAGGUUUUAAAGCAUAAGGUCUGUUACUGUAAUGCCUUUUUUUUUUUUUCAGAAAAAGUAAUCAAAAACAUGUUGCUCUAAUCACAGUUAUAGUCAAACUUUUAUGCUUGUACUGUACUUCUGCUGUUGUCCGACUGCAGUUAAACUAAUAAACUAAAAGUACCAGA